GUUAUAUUCUUAUCGGAUUUAAAAAUUCUGAAAAUUGGAUUUGAUAAAUAGUUAUUCCCAGUGACUAAAGUUUUAAUAUAUAAUAAGCGUAUAUUUAAUGUAGAUUAGUAGUUUUCUGUGUGUUGAACUAUUGACUUGAUUGCUUCGCCGUGUGCUAUCCUGAACGUGUGGAACCGGUUGACUUUUUUUUGUGUUUCCAUUCCCACUGUUGUUCAUAUGUGAUGGGAGAUAGAGACUGGAGACCGUUUGUCUACGGCGGUUUAGCGUCGAUAGUGGCAGAAUUUGGCACAUUCCCAAUCGACACAACAAAAACUCGUCUUCAGGUCCAGGGACAGAAGAUAGACCCGAGGCAUGUGGAGCUUCGGUACACGGGCAUGGUGGAUUGCUUCGUCAAAACCACGCGCCAAGAGGGGGUCAAAGCUCUGUAUUGUGGGCUAUGGCCGGCGGUAUUACGGCAGGCUACAUACGGCACAAUAAAGUUUGGCACAUACUAUUCAAUGAAGAAGGCAAUAGCUAAGCACCGCGCGGACGGCGGCACCAGGGAGUAUCUGCUGACGAACACAUUCUGCGCAGCGUUCUCCGGUGGACUGUCCAGCGCGAUUGCCAAUCCCACAGAUGUAUUGAAAGUUAGAAUGCAGACGGGGUCGGAGCGGCGCGGCGUGGCGCGCGUGGCGGCGGACACGUGGCGGCGGGAGGGCGCGCGCGGGCUGUGGCGCGGGGUGGGCCCGACGGCGCAGCGCGCGGCGGUGAUCGCGGCGGUGGAGCUGCCCGCGUACGACGCGCGCAAGCGGCGGCUGCUGGCGCCGCUGGGGGACACGCCCGCCAACCACUUCGCCUCGAGCCUGCUGGCCAGCCUCGGCAGCGCCGUCGCCAGCACGCCGCUCGACGUCAUCCGGACAAGAUUAAUGAAUCAAAGGCGAGUGAAGGAUCACAUAGCGAAAUCACAUGAAAUUAUCUACAAAGGAACCAGCGACUGCUUUUUGCAGACAGUGCGCAACGAAGGUUUCCUGGCGCUAUACAAGGGGUUCAUCCCGACGUGGCUGCGGAUGGGGCCGUGGAAUAUCAUCUUCUUCAUCACGUAUGAACAGCUGAAACAGUUCUACUGAGGACAUCGCACGCCCAGCGUCGCCUCGCCACGACUGCACUAGUCUGGUGAAUGAGAUUGCAAGAAUUACAACAGAAUCACCGUUAGAUGUCGCACCGUUAGAAGCUGAAGACUUUGACUAAACUAUUUUAUA